AUGGCGCGAGGGCGAGCAGCGGGCGCGCGGGGAGGGGCAGCGACGCGCGGGGCAGGAAGGGGCGGAGUAGGGAGAGGAGCGGUAGACGCAGACGGUUUAGCGACGGGCGGGGUGGCGGCGAUAGGGAUGGCGGCCGGAGAGGUGGCAUCGCCGUUGGAGCAGGUGUCACCUGGGGAAGGCGACAUCUCCCCGUGGUGCAUGCACGUGCACACCGUGCUGGGCACGCGCCUGCUCGUGCCCGUCGCGCCCACCGCCGCCAUCAGCGACCUCCUCCGUGCGUCCCCCUCGCGCUCCCCGUCUCCCCCGUCCCCCAUGCCUUCUUCAUCUCCCCCGUCCCUCCAAUCGCUCCCCCGUCCCCUUCUCUCCCCCGCCCCCCUCGUCCACGUUGUUUCCCCCGCCUCACUCGUCUCCCACGUGUCCCGCAUCUACUCCUUAAAGCCUCUCUUUCUCCCAUUCCAACCGCCCCUCCCCCCUUCUACCACUUAUCCCCCGCUUAUCCUCCUCUUAUCCCUUUCCAUUCCCCAAUUCCACCCCUUAUCCACUUUCUCCCCCCCCCACCUCUGCGUCCACUUUCCUCUCAUCCUUGCUCGCCCAUCAGGUGCUGCGCCAGGCCUCUCUGUUUGCCCCUCCUCCGAGUCAGCCCCCACUUAUCCCCCUCGCAUCCCUCUCAUCUCUUCUCCCCUUGUUCUCUCCCCCGGUACUCUCUAUGCGCGCCAGGUGCUGCGCCAGGCCUCUCUGUUUGCCGUCGCCCCACAACUCAAACAGGCCAACGUGUUGAAGCAUGAAGACGUCAUUCUCGCGUUCUCUCUCCUCCCCCUCCCCCCCCCUCACUCCUAUCCAUGCUCGCCCAUCAGGUGCUGCGACAGGCCUCUCUGUUUGGAGGUGCUGCGCCAGGCCUCUCUGUUUGCCGUCGAUAUUUUUAACGACUCAAAUAUUGUGUUUUCCCCCAUUGCUCCCACGCGCGCCCAUCAGGUGCUGCGCCAGGCCUCUCUGUUUGCCGUCGCCCCACAACUCAGACUGGCCGACGUGUUGCAACCUGAUGACGUCAUCCUCGCUUUCACCGGGGAUGCUGACGUUGCUGCUGAUGUCAGCGGUGAGCUCCCUUGGGUUGUUGUAGACUAUUUGACCCACCACCUUGCAUUCGGUUCCUCUCUUCCAAGUCACAACGAAUCCCCCUUCAGCCAUCUCGACCACCAUUCACCGUCUCCUCACCACCAACUGCCACGUGGCAGUCUCUCCAGCGACCACGUGGCGUUCCAGCGUGGGCUGCUGUCCGCCCUCGCUGCCGCUGACGUGGCAGGGAGGGGCGUGGAGGCGGUCAGCGAAUCAGGGGAGAGGAGGAGAGUGAGGGGGGUGGUGGUGGGGAGAGGGGGGAAGAGAAUGCGGCUGGAGGGGGAGGAGAUGGAGCGGAGGGGAGGGGACAAUGCGCCCCUGUUGACAGAUGGGCCGGCGGGAGAGGGAGGAAUCAGGGGAGAGGGGGGAGGAGGGCGAGGGGAAGGAGGGCAGGGAGAGGGAGAAAGGGGAGCGGGAGAGGCCAUGAGAGGCGCGGAGGUAGGUGGUGAAAAUGGGUGGGUGCUUGGGAGCUGCGAGGGCAAGGAGAAAGGAGAGGGUGAGGAGAGACCAGAGGCGGGAGGGGGACAUGGGGGGAAGCAUGGGGGAGGGGAGUCAGGGGGAGGGGAAUCAGGGGGAGGGGAGUCAGGGAGAGGGGAAGGAAACGCGCAGGUGGAUGGAGAGGUGCGCGGUGAAGGGGGGGUUGAGAGGAAGCGGAGGAGGGAGAGCGUGGACGAGCAGAGGGUGGGUGAUGGAAUAGGAGAGGAGGGGGGUAGGGAGAAGGCAGAUGGGAAGACAGCAGAUUGCACCACAGAGGAGGAAGCUGGGGCGAAGGCAGAUGGGAAGACGACUGAUGGUGUGCCUGAUGGGGAGAGGAUGGGCGGGGGGAGUGUGGGCGUGGGACGGGCAGGGAAAAGGCAAAGAGUGGGGGAGGGGAGUGAGAAGGAUGGGGUGGUGGAGGGGAGAGAGAGCGAUCGGGGGGCGGUGGAACGAGAUGUGUUGGAGAGAGGAGGGGCUGGGAAGGGAAAUGAGAGAGGUGCGACUGUGGGGAGGGAAGAGAAGGGUGGAGGGGAUGAGAUGAAGGAGAGGGAAGGGGUGAAGGAGAAGGAAACGACCAAGGGGAAAGGGAAAGACGAGGUGAAAGGGAAAGAUGAGGUGAAAGGGAAAGAUGAGGUGAAAGGGAAGGACGAGAUGAAAAGGACGGAAGGAGCACCAGAUGGUGUUGAUGAUAGCUCACGGGGUGCUGGUGUGAAGGGUGGUGGUGGAGGGGGUACGAUUGAGGAAGUGGUGACUUUGGUGUGGGAUGAGAGUGAGGAGAGUGAGGAGGAAAGUGAGGGGGGGAGUCAGACGGAUGGUGAGGAGGAAGGAAAGGAAGGAAAGAGGGAAGUGAAGGAUAUGGAGCUUGAGAAAGGGGAAUCAGAGGAUGGGGGAGAUGGGGAGGACGAGGGGACAGAGGAGGAGGAAGAGGAGGAGAAAGAGGAGGAGAAAGAGGAGGAGAAAGAGGAGAAGAAAGAGGAGGAGAAAGUGAAAGUUUCAGGGGCAAAGGCGAAGGAGGAGGGGAAGAAGGAAGAUGGUGGUGAUGAUUCGGAGACAGAAGAGGAAUCAGACAAAGAGUCAGAGGAGGAAGAAGAGGAGGCAGGAAAGGAAAGAAAGGGAGUGACAGGGAAGGAUAAGGGGGAGACAGACAGAGAGGAGGAAGAAGAGGAGGAGGAUGAGGAGGGGAAAGUGGAAAAGUCGGAGGCAGAGGCUAAGGAAGAGGGGAAGACGGAAGAUGGUGGUGAUGAUUCGGAGACAGAAGAGGAAUCAGACGAAGAGACAGAUGAGGAGGCAGAGGAGAAGGCAGGAAAGAAAGGAAAGGCGAAAGAAAAGGAAGUGGUAGGGAAAGAUAGAGGAAUGACAGACAAAGCAGAGGAAGAUGAGGAGGACAGGGAGAAGGGAGGGGAAGAGGAGGAAGAAGAGGAAGAAGAGGAGGAAGAAGAGGAGGAUGAUGAGGAGGGGAAAGUGAAAGCUUCAAAGACCAAGUCGAAGGAGGAGGGGAAGAUGGAAACUGGCGCUGAUGAUUCGGAGACAGAAGAAGAGUCAGAGGAAGAGGAGGAGGAUGAGGAUGGGAAACCGAAAGUUCCAGAGGCAAAGGCGAAGGAGGAUGGGAAGACAAAAACUGACGGUGAUGAUUCUGAGACUGAGGAAGAGACAGAAGAAGAGUCUGAGGAGAAAGCAGAGGAGGAGGUAGAAGUGGAGGCAGGAAAGAAAGGAAAGGUGAAAGAAAAGGAAUUGGUAGGGAAGGAUAGAGGGAAGACAGACAAAGAGGAGGAGGAAGAGGAGGAAGAGGAGGAGGAAGAGGAGGAGGAAGAGGAAGAGGAGGAAGAGGAGGAAGAGGAGUCAGAUGAUGAGGUCGUGGUGUUGGAGAGCGGUGCAGAGAGAAACAAGGAGCGAACUGACAAGGCUCAGACCAGAUCCAUUGCUGCUGCUGCUGCUGCUGCUGCUGCCGCUGUUGCUGUUGCUGCGAGCAAAGCAGUGGCAACGAAAGGAGCAGCAAGCAAGGCGGACGGGAAAGGAGCAGCAAGCAAGGCGGACGGGAAAGGAGCAGGCAGCAAAGCAGAAGCAGCAGGUAAAACACCAGCAGACAAGGAACUAGCUCUGAAGGCAAGGGGAGGCAAACACGAAGCAAAAGAGAAGGCGGACGGGAAAGGAGCAGACAGGAAAGCAGCAGCAGCGGGGGGUAAAGCAGUAGAAGCCAAGGAACUAGCAGUGAAGGCAGUGGGAGGCAAACAAGACGGAGCAAGCAAAGGAGCUAUCAGAUCUGGUGCAGCAGGAUCAGGAGGAAAAGGUGGUGAUGCAGAGCGAGUGGGUGUUGUGAUGAUAGGUGGGAAGGAGGAUGAGAAGAGUGAGGCGGCGAGUGAAGAGGAGAGUGAGGGGAGCGAGACAGAGAGUGAGGGGGGUGUGAGGGAGGAAGAAGAGGAGGAGAGUGAGGAAGAAGGGGAGGAUGAGAGUGAGGAGGAGAGUGACGAGGAGAGUGACGAGGAGGAGGAGGAAGAGGAGGAAGAGGAAACUGGAUGA